GGCCAAACACGCGCGUCUUGCAGUAAUCUGUGCUCCUCGCUCGCUAAAUAUAGCGGAAUAUUGCAUACGGAGCCACUGCUACGACAAAUACCGCGGCUACCCGUGCACAAGUGUACAGCUGUGCCACCUGCUCUCACAGGAGUUGCGCAUCGGUGCGGUCCAGCGCCAACUCAAAUCAAAGGGGCCAAAAAAUAAGAAUUCCAGCGCCGCCGCGGCUUACCGGCGCGGCGCGCGCGAGCAGGUUUCCCGAGAGCCACCGACCGCCCCCCGGCGCGACGCCGCGGGGGCCGGGCCGCUCAGGUUUCCCCGCGACGAGUCAACGCGGCAGCGAAGUAUACGGUCCGCACAUCAUCCGCGCAGGCCAUGGCCGCGUUCGCCGCGUGGCCCGCGUCACCGCCCGAGGCGGCGCCGUGCGGGACGAGGAUCAUUAGUUUUUGCCUCUUCGGAGAUAAAACGAUUUAUGGAGAGGGCGCGGUCCAGAACGCGCACCUGGCGAAGGCGCUCUUCCCCGGCUGGGCCUGCGUCUUUUAUGUAGGCGACGGCGUUUCUACAGAAACGAUCGACGCGCUGGAAAGCGCCGGCGCUACAAUACGACGCUGUACGGGCAUGUUCGGCGGCCGGCGGCUCCAAAUGAUGCGUUUUCUGCCGGCAUGCGAGCCGGGCGUGUCCGCGGUGAUCGUGCGCGACGUCGACUCGAGGCUCAAUCCGCGCGACGCGGCCGCCGUGUUUGAAUGGCUUUCUUCAGAGAAAAAGUUCCACGCCAUGCACGAGGCGCCGCACGAUCCGGAGGCGGGCAUCCUGGGCGGCGCCUGGGGCGCGCGGUCGCUCGACGGGCAGCCGCCGUUGCCAGACCUCUACGCGCAGAUGCGGGCCUUCGCCGCGUCGCAUUCCACUGAUAAAUAUGGAGACGACAUGGUCUUCCUCGAGACUUAUCUGAGACCGCUCUGCGCCAGUCUGUGCCACCACUCGGCGGCGGCGAAGGGCGGCCGCCUCGUUUCAGAUGUUGUGCCGCGGCCAUUCCCUUCAACAUCGUACCGGGGCUUCGUCGGCCAGCCCGUCAACUGCCCCGGCAGGUGCGGCUGGGAGUUGUUUGUGAGGGAGGGCUGCCCGCACGUCGCGGCCGCGGCCGUCGUCGCGCCCGAGGUCGCCGCGCGCAUCCGGCACCAGCCCGACGCCGUCGCGGGCGUCGCCGCGUUUCUUGGCGGUUUUUGA